AUGGGUAAAGCUGCAAGAUGGUUUGGGAAGAUGACUAUGUGCUUCUUUGGGAUGAAAAAGGACAGGAAAAAGGAGAAAGCCCGGAUUUUUGCUUCAAACUGUAGGGAAAAUGAGGAGAUAAGUAGGAAUUAUCCUGCUAAACCUUCAACGGAUUCUGGUGAGAUCAUUCAGCAAAUCCCGGUGACUCAAUUGGCUUCAUGGCAAUCUUCCUACAUAUUGGCGGCAGCCAUCACUGCUACUGCUGACGCCCCCGUGGCAGUUGCGGAGGCUGCUUUGGCUGUUGUAAAAGCGAGACUCCGCAUUAGUCAGGCAGAACAAGGAGGAACAAUGAUGGUUAUUGGUGACAGGGAGAAGAAGGCGGCUACAACAAUUCAGAAGAUUUUCAGGGGUCAUUUGGCUAGAAGGGCUCUUAGAGCUCUGAAAGCAAUUGUUAGAGUUCAAGCACUUUUCAGAGGUUACCGUAUCAGGAAGCGAAUUGCUGCCAUUUUCAUGGAAGCUCUGAUGCUAAAUCAUGCAGUGGUCCUCUCUCAAAGGGCCUACCAUUCUUCCAUUAACCGCAAAAAUAAUGCUUUAGCUUCACCGUCCAGGCCAAAUAUUUCAACGUGUAGGAAUUAUAUGUCCGGGACAGAGUCAUCCAGAGCAAAGUUGAGGCGUCCGGCUUUUAAUCCAAAACAGAGACCGGAGCAGGGGACAAGAUUCCGGCUUUUACAUACUGAUGAAAAAGCGACUUCAGGUCCAAGGUCUAGCUUUACUAGUGGUGUUGGCGUGCAUUGCUUGCGUGAUGAAAUCAUGGCUUCAAGGCCUAGCUUUUAUGAGGCUAGAAUGCCCAAGCGAUCACGAAUCCAAUUUCAGACAAGAUUUGGCUUUUCGUGAAAUAAAAUCCAGUGCUAGAUUGUGUCUAUAUUUUGCGAUAAUAUUUAGU